GACCUAAUGGCUUCAAUGGUGAUAAUGGCUUCCUACAAGAUUAUCCCACUCUUGUUCUUUAUCACCUUCCUCUCUUCUGCAACCUCUGAUGAUGAAUCCCAACCUACUUUUCUUUCCCAUGCGUGCUCUUCCGACAAAACCUUCCCUGCCAAUAGUGCCUUCCAAGCCGACCUCACCACCCUCCUCUCUUCCUUAGCUUCCGACAACACCGCCAACACUGACUUCUACAACACCACCGUUGCUGGCGGAGGCGAAACUGCAUAUGGCCUCUUCAUGUGCCGCGGCGACGUCACCCUCGAGGUGUGCCACCAAUGCGUGGUCGAGGCAACCAAAAGAUUGACUUCAGAUUGCCAGUUCUCGAAGGAGGCCAUAAUCUGGUACGACGAGUGCACGCUUCGCUAUUCCAACACCUCCUUCUCCACCGUCGACACAAGGCCAAGACUCGGCCUCUUGAACACUGGAAAUAUCGCCAACCCUGCAAGCUUCAUGAGGUUAUUGUUCACUACUAUGAACGAGACGGCAGAUUUGGCAGCAAAACCUGCCUUGGGUAAAAAGAAGUAUGCGACGAAGGAAGCGUUUAUUUCGGGGUUUCAAACUCUGUAUUGUCUAGCCCACUGCACGCCGGACCUUUCGCCGGAAGAUUGCAGAAUGUGCCUGAGCGGCGUGAUUGGGGACCUUAACUGGUGUUGCGAUGGCAAGCAAGGUGGAAGGGUUCUAUACCCUAGCUGUAAUGUUCGCUAUGAACUGUACCCAUUCUAUCAAACACAAGAUUCAGCAAUUCCACCAAACGAUUUUACAGGGAUUAUUGGGCGUGUUACAUCGGACAAGUGUAGGACAGAGAUUAACAUGAUUAACAUUCUAUUAAGUUUGAAUUACACACAUCAUAAGAACUGCAUCAACUACUUUACGUCCAUGGUCAUCGCUUCCCUCAAAAUUGUCUCGCUCUUGCUUAUUAGCCACCUUUUUUCUCCUACAAAUGGAGCACAGGUUACUUAUCUUCACCACAAUUGCUCUCCCAACAUAACCUUCGCCGCCAACAGUGCUUUUCAAUCGGACCGAACGACGCUCUUCUCUUCCUUAGCUUUCGCCAAAACGGACUUCUACAACGCCACCGUUGUCGGUGGCGGCGACACCGUCCACGGCCUCUUCAUGUGUCGGGGUGACGUCAACCUCUCGAUGUGCCAGCAGUGCGUCGUUAACGCAACCCAACGAUUAUCUUCUGAGUGCCGAGUUUCGAAGGAGGCAAUAAUCUGGUACAACGAGUGCUUGCUUCGCUAUUCUAACCGUUUCUUCUUCUCCACCGUUGACACGAGGCCAAGACUCAGCCUCUUUGACGCCGGAAGUGUCUCAAACCAGGCAAGCUUCAUGAGAACAUUGUACGAUACUGUGAACACGACGGCAGAUGAGGCAGCUAAACCUGCUGUUGGGAAAAAGAAGUAUGCGACCGGAUCAGCGAAUUUCUCAGGGUUUCAAACUGUGUAUUGUCUAGCACAGUGCACGCCGGACCUUUCGCCGUCAGAUUGCAGAAGUUGCCUCCGUGGUGUGAUUGGGGAGCUUCAGUGGUGUUGUAGUGGGAAGCAAGGAGGAAGAGUGCUGUACCCGAGCUGUAAUGUUCGCUAUGAGUUGCGCCCUUUCUAUCAGUCGGAAGCUGCAAGUGUUCCUCCUACAAAUACUACUGGUUCCCAAGGAAAAGGUGGAAUCUCAUCGGGGACGAUUGUUGCGAUUGUGGUUCCAACUUCUGUGGUUGUCCUGAUGUUUAUAGUCGGCAUCUAUUGCCUCAGUAAACGAACAAUGAAGAAGUACGACUCUGUUCCCGAAGGAAAAUCUGCAUUUGACAUCGGCAAUGUGGAUUCGCUGCAAUAUGAUUUCAGUACAAUUGAAGCAGCCACGAACAAGUUCUCUGUAGUUAACAAGAUUGGUGAAGGCGGGUUUGGAGGGGUUUACAAGGGGACGCUUGCAAACGGACUAGAAAUUGCCGUGAAGAGGCUCUCCCGAAGAUCUGGACAUGGUGUAGAAGAAUUUAAGAAUGAAGUAGAGGUGCUUGCCAGGCUACAACAUAGAUAUUUAGUGAGACUUCUAGGUUUCUGCGUACAUGGAGAAGAGAGGAUACUUGUUUAUGAAUAUAUGUCCAACAAAAGUCUUGAUUGCAUUCUUUUUGAUCCUGAAAUGCAAAGGCAGCUAGACUGGACAAAACGUUAUGAUAUUAUCAGAGGAAUUGCUCAAGGGAUUCAAUAUUUACAUGAAGAUGCAACACUUAAAAUUAUACAUCUUGAUCUUAAAGUUGCAAAUAUAUUAUUGGAUAGUGAUAUGAAUCCAAAAAUCUCAGAUUUUGGUAUGGCAACAAUUUUUUCGAUUGAUCAAAGUCAAAAAGAGACCAAUUGCAUUGUGGGAACAUUUGGUUAUAUAUGUCCCGAAUAUGCUGUGUGUGGAGAGUUGUCUGUUAAGUCUGAUGUGUUCAGCUUCGGUGUUCUUCUAAUGGAGAUUAUAAGUGGAAAGAAGAAUAGUUCUUUCUGUCAAAUGGAGGAUGCUGAGAACAUGCUUAGCUAUGCGUGGAAACUUUGGAACGAUGGGGAACCCUUGGAAUUGUUGGAUCUCACAAUAAGAGAAUCUUGUGCUCCAGAUGAAGUAAUGAGAUGCAUCCACAUUGGUCUGCUGUGUGUUCAAGAAGAUCCAGCAGAGAGGCCUUCAAUGUCAUCCAUAGUUCUGAUGCUUGAAAAUUAUCCUAUGACUCUGCCAACCCCUUCGCCGCCUGCAUUUGUUGUGCAAAGUGUAGAUUAUCAAAACAUUCUUGGUCAAUCUACGACCAACACACUACCAAUGUCAGUCAGCAAGAUGUCGUUUAGUGAAGUAAUGCCUCCGUAAGCUUGAAAGUUGGAGGUUUUAAUGCAUGUGCCUCUGUCUAAGUGGUUGGUCUAUUCAGGCACCGUUUUAUUUAUAGCCAUAAUGUCCGCAGAUGGAUUCUUGCGCUCCUUCUGUAAUAUUUCUAGUUGAGUCCCCCAAUAAUAAUUGGUCUUGCAAAGUGUCACUUUUGCAUUGUAGCA